AUGAUGUCCUCCACUAACGAGGAGGACCCGUUCCUCCAGGUCCAACAGUUCGUCGCCGUCCCCUUGUCCCUUCCUUUAAACCACCCAACUGUCAAGCUAACUACCAUUGGUCACCCGCAGAGAUGUCCUUACGCAGCUCUCCUCGGCCCGGCCGCUAUUUGCCUCGUACCUGCGCAUCCGCUCGCUCGCCAGCGCCGCCUCCUCGCCCGAGCUCGCCUCCGCGCGCGCCGACCUCGAGGCCGCGCUGUCCGCCCUCGGCGAGGACCUAGCCGACCUCGUCGCCUCCGUGCGCGCCGUCGAGUCUCGACCCGCCGCCUACGGCCUGUCCGCCGACGAGGUCGCCCGCCGCCAGCGGCUGGGGCAGGCGAGGACAUGCGGGAGGAGCUGCAGAAGAAGCUGACCAGCGGCGCCGGGCUGCCGGACCCGAGCGCGUUUGCGAUUGAGGAGGAGGAGGACGGGGCGGAGGAUAACUACGCCGCGUUUGAGCAGCAGCAGCAGGUGGAGAUGAUGCGCGACCAGGAUCAGCACCUGGACGGCGUCUUCCAGACGGUGGGCAACUUGAGGCGGCAGGCGGACGACAUGGGGCGCGAGCUGGAGGAGCAGCGCGAGAUGCUCGAGGUGGUUGAUAGCGUGGCGGACAGGGUGGGAGGGACGCUGCAGAACGGCAUGGCGAAGCUGCAGACGGUCAUUCGACGCAACGAGGACCGCUACAGCAGCUGCUGCAUUGCGGUGCUGAUCUUCGUCUUGAUCCUGCUGCUGGUGCUGCUGCUGAUUCUAUAA